CAGGCUGAGGUGUUGCCUGGCUUCUGCUCUUGCGGCUCCGCACUCAGCGGUGUUGGGGUGGGAAUAUUCAGCGGAGCAAGUCGCUGACUCCGCAUCCACAAGCUGCACGGGCUUCCGUCCUCCUCCUCCCGCCAACAGCUGCCGCGCGGCGGGGAGAGAAGCCACGCAGCCCCGUGGACGCCGUCGGGACUCGCGCGAAAGUUAUGCGUCUCCCCCAGCUUGGCUUCGCGAUGUUUGGACGAGGCGCGGGCUUGAACUGGUGCGGGCAGUGAUGAUGACCAGCGGCGAGCUGUCCACGAUGCUGAGGAGAUGUUUGCUCACUGUCAAACCCUUCAGGAUGUUUGUGGUGGGGAUCGGCUUCUUCAGUGUGGGUUUCCUAAUGACCUCUCUCGGGGGCCAGUUCUCCGCCAAGCGGCCAGGCGACUCGCCGUUCACCGUCCAUGCAGAAGUCAUGGGUGGACCAGAAUCGCGAGGGGUUCUUCGGAAAAUAAGUGACAUGCUGGAGGUCAUCAUGAAGAGGAUGGAUGCUCUGUCCAGACUGGGGAACGCCAGCGACGCCCACAAGCUGGAGGAGCUCAGCUCGGCUCUGGACAGGAUUCAGCCUGUGGGUCUGGUGGAGCGAAUCCAGGCUAUCGCUCAGAACAUGUCGGACAUGGCGCUGAGGGUGGAGCAGAUUCUGCAGCGCACACUCGCCGGCAACAAAGUCCGAGACGGAGCGUCGGGGCCGUGUGAAACCCCCAAAGAUCCUCGUUACCCCGACUGUGCCAGUAAGAUGAAUUGGAUGCGUGUUCGCUGGACGUCCGACCCCUGCUACGCCUUUUACGGCGUGGACGGCUCAGACUGCUCCUUCCUGAUCUACCUGAGCGAGGUGGAGUGGUUCUGCCCACCGCUGCCCUGGAGGAACCAGACGGCUGCCCCCACCGUGAGGCCACCGCCCAAGGAACAAGCUGCCUUCCGUAGGGACGUGGGGCCGCUGCUGGAUCAGGUGGGAACUGGGAAGGAAUCUCUCAACUUCAUGACGAGACGCAUCAGCAGGCUGGCGGCCCACUGGGCCACGGCGGCGCGGCGCCUGGACGACAAGCUCCAUGACCACUGGAGGGAGAGGAAGAGGAUUCUGGUCCACGUGGGCUUCCUGACUGAAGAGUCCGGAGAUGUCUUCAGCCCAAAGGUUCUGAAAGGUGGUCCCUUGGGUGAGAUGGUGCAGUGGGCCGACAUCGUGAGCGCCCUCUAUGUGCUGGGACACAGCCUGAAAUUCUCCGUCUCCCUGAAGGAGCUGCAUGGGUUUCUGGGCGUCCCUCCAGGAAGAGGAAGCUGCCCUCUGACAGGACCUCUGCCCUUUGACCUGAUCUACACAGACUACCACGGCCUGCAGCAGAUGAAGCAGCACAUGGGGCUGUCGAUGAAGAAGCACAAGUGCCACAUCCGAGUCAUCGACACGUUCGGCACAGAGCCGGCGUACAACCACGAGGAGUAUGCAGCGCUGCAUGCCUACCGAACCCACUGGGGCUACUGGAACCUUCGCAGCGCGCAGUUCAUGACUAUGUUCCCUCAUACGCCGGAUAACUCUUUCAUGGGCUUCGUGGCAGAGGAACUGAACGAGACGGAGAGACGGAGCAUCCAGAGGGAGAAAGUCCACAACAUGGCGGUCAUGUACGGAAAGGAGGCCAACAUGUGGAAGAUUCAGAACAAAGACAAGCUGCUGAAGAUCCUUCACCGCUACAUGGACAUCCACGGGACCGUCUACUACGAGAGCCACCGGCCUCCGGAGGUGCCGCUCUUUGUCCACAACCACGGCCUUCUUCCUCAGCAGGAGCUGCAGCAGCUGCUCAGGAAGGCCAAGCUCUUCAUGGGGUUCGGCUUCCCGUACGAGGGUCCGGCGCCGCUGGAGGCCAUCGCCAACGGCUGCGUCUUCCUGCAGCCCAAGUUCAGUCCUCCACGCAGCUCUCUCAACCACGACUUCUUCAGAGGGAAACCCACGUCCAGGAAGGUGUCCUCUCAGCACCCCUAUGCUGAGCUGAACAUCGGCCGGCCGCACGUCCUCACUGUGGACUACAACAACAGCGAGGAGUUUGAAGCCGCCGUGCGCCACAUCAUGAAGAGCGAUGUGGAGCCCUUCCUGCCGUACGAGUACACCUGUGAGGGGAUGCUGGAGCGAGUGCACGCCUACAUCCAGAACCAAGACUUCUGCUCUCCGGAGGCUCCGUUUCCUCCGGGCAACGUGUCCGGCGGCUGGUGGAGUGGUGCGGCUGGGCCCUUCGUCCGGACGCCCAACUCCUCCGUCCUCACGUGGGCGCCCGAUGUCAGCCACCUUCCCUCGUGGCCCCCCCUCAGCGCUCUGCACUUCCUGGCGUCCGACCGGGGCCAGUCGUGCGUGACGGCGUGCCACAGCGCCGGACUCAUCUGUGAACCCGCCUUCUUCAGAUUCAUCAACGUGAAAGAAGCCUUCAGUGUGCUGAGCUUCCAGUGUGAAGAGCUGGAGUGGGAGAUGAAUCAUCUCUUUCCUGCCUUUUCAGCAGAACACAGCGAGUGUGGCCUACAGCAAGAUCCGCUGCUGUUUAGCUGCGCUGGGGCCGGCGCCAGGCACCGCCGGCUUUGCCCCUGCAGAGACUAUCGCCAAGGCCAGGUGGCGCUGUGCAGAGACUGCCUAUGACCAGCGCCGCCUGCUGGACGGGCCGUUCCCUGCAGAGCCUCCUGGGGUGGGCCGCCUCUCAGGGACCUGCAUGACUCUCGUGGGUGAGUUCCAAGGUUUCGCUGUCGUUGCUGCCAAUACCAAAACGUUCCCAUGUUUAUAUUUGGCCUGAAAACCUUGUACAGAAGUGUUGUUUAA